AAAUCAGUAACUUGAUUCCGCUCAAUGAAGCGGUGCACAAACGCAACACUCGGGUUAUGUGGUCCUGGAAGGAAGCAACUAAGACAUCACUUUUCAGAUUCAUCCAGUCCUUACAGAUGCCUUUCUGGAAUCUCAAUUUUACCCUUUGAUAUCAAGUGUCAGAUACUCUCACUAGUCGAAAUCAGCGACCUGGUAAAUCUUUGGGAAGUUUCCAAGGACUUUCAACUUACGAUUGAAAAGUACUGCAACAGUAGUCGGUGUCCACAGUUAUCACAGUUUUACGACCCACAUAAUCACGAACUACACUCAGCCUUCACCGUUACGUUGUACAAACACGCUGGAAAUCUAUUUCGUAGAAUCUAUCAGCCUCAACCACUUUGCCGUACACUCCAGUUUUUAGAGUGUAGUUUACGUAGACAUAUGCCGAAUCUAGAAAAGUCUUCCAGGACUAGUCAGAAUCUACAGGAACCAGACUAUUAUCCAAGCAUCUGUCCCAUAGGUCCUUUAAAAUGUUUGGCCUUACUUUUGUAUGGCGUUUUCUUGAAAGAAUUUAUUUUUGGAUGGCCAGAACAAAAUAUUCAGCGGGUUUUUCACACUCUUGUGCAUGUAUGCUUUAAUGAGAACUUCUGGUUUCGUCUAUCAAGUUUGAUCUGUCAGAGACCAGGUGUAGAUCCUCAAUCAGAACUGACGCUUCGCCUUUUCCUGAGAAAAACGUUUUUAGACCCUAAUGCGUUACCACAAAUGUAUGAUGAGAUCAACUCACCAUCGUCAUCCAUUUCCAAUACUAAGCAACGUUUAUCAUCGGAUAACUGUUCCUUAACUAUUCAGUAUGACGCACUUCAAAAUCCACAUCCAUCUGAAGCCCAUUCAAAUACUUCUUGGACCCAUGAAACAAUCACUUAUCAUGUAUCACCUAGAUAUCCCUCUGAUAAUUCCCUACUGACUUCAGUCUCCUCAUCUAGCAAUUAUAGUGACGAUGGAUUUUCAUCGGAUGAUUUAUUAACAGUCACACAAUUGCCGCGUGGUGUUGCAGGAUCUUCGUUGUCAUCACUUCCAACCUUGGUCACGCAGAAUUUACCAGCUUCCUCGAGUAAACUGACAAAUAAUUAUUUUUGGCCAGCUUCAAACACUUUGAUGAAGAUUCUCCAUUCUUAUUCGUACACUCAUCAAGCUAGAAUUUUAUUUAUUUUGUAUGGACCAUUACAUAGAGGGAAUCUUAUGUGGCGUACAAUGUGUGAAAAUACAGCUGCUGAUUCUCAACAAUUAUCUGCUUGUUUUGGAGAGCUUGGAAGUGUCCUGUCAAAUAUGUUUCAUUCUGGUUUAUGGACACCUGAUGAUAUCAUCAAUAUAAUUGAUCAAAUUACAAUAACACCCGAGGAUUGGUUAGCAGAAAAUGUUGCGUGUCUAUUGCAUACAUCGGGACCAGAAAUAGCGUUACUUUCUGUGACGAAUAAAGCCCGCAGUGGAAAAACUGCUGAAGUUGCUGUCACUCUCACUUCAUUAUGCUUAGUUCAGGUGAAAAUUCGUGCAAAAUUAACAGAACUUAUUAAUCUUGUCAGUGCUACAUUUCAAGCCACAAAAGAAAAAGAUCGAACUGCUUUUCUAGAUCAGUUAGCUCGAUCUUUUCAAGAUGUUAUAGUCGAUCUGUAUGAGACUGAUGAACUAGAAGAACGAGUCGAAGACUUUUCCACCAUACUAAGAGCACAAGCAGAGUUCAUGCGUGCGCUUAUGGCACAUAUAUACGAGGAGUGAUAUAUAAAUAUCCACUUGGAAAAUUUAAUUUUACUGCGGUUCUUUCACUAGAUUUGGUUUUUUUUUCGUUUAUCUUUGUUUCGAUGAUAAUGUCAUUAAUUUCCUUUCUGUUGUUUUAGAGUUAUGAUUGAUAGUUCAAACCCAAAUUUUUCAUUGUUCGCUUUUUCGUACUUGUUUUUUUAACAGAUGUUGACUAAUUAUUUUUUAACCUAUUUUGAAAUCUUU